AUGGACCGCUUGCGGUCCGGUUUUCACCGGAAGAGCAGAAAGGCCUCGCCUUCGCGACCUACCAUAGUAACUGACGGCACCCACAGCUCCGGCAAGACCACUCCCGAGCCCGUCUCGGCACACUCUCCUCUCCAGGUCCCGCACCUCCCCAACAAAGAGAAGAAGACGUCGCCCUUCCGCUCCCUGCGCGACUUCAGCCGCUCCCACAAGCGCGCACGGUCUCCGGCUACCGGUUCCCUGCCCCGUUCGCCCAUCGGCGCUACAUACACAUUCGAUGGGCUCGACGAUACGCCUACAACCUCGCCCACCGUCCGAGGAGGCAGCGGUGACCUGCACCCGCCACCACAAGACAUGAACGGGGCCCCCGCCGGGGGUCAGCCCCCCAGGAUGCCCUCUUUCCUCUCCCUGCCGCCGCAGGAAAUCGUCGCGAAGUUCCAGGAGAUCGUCUGGAUGGAGCGCAAUCGCAUCAUGCUGAGCCUGACGAACCCCUCUCCAGACUUCAAGUGGGCGCGCGUGACUGGCGAUCAUCUAAAGAAGUUGGACAGGUAUAUGAACAUUCAGCCUUGGGAGAACAAUCGCGUCAGGCUGCGCGUCCCACCGGGCAAGGUGGACUACGUCAAUGCGUCGCCAAUAACCCUGAGCUCUACCACACCGCAGCAGGCCUCUCGGCCACAAGCGCGGGGCUCUAGUAAUAAGGAAGCUACGGUAGUUGGGCUGCCGGAUCUUGCUGGCGGUGGGCCGGACCGAUACAUCGCCAUGCAAGGGCCCAAACGGAAUACCACCGACCACGUGUGGCGCAUGGUGGUUGAGCAACUGGAAAGCCCUGCCGUGGUCGUCAUGUUGACGGAGACACACGAAGCGAACAUGGAGAAGUGUUAUCCUUAUUUCCCGCGCAGCCCCGACGACGCGCCCCUGGAGAUCAACGAGAGGGACGAAUUCGGCGACGCGUUCAGGGCAAGCGUACACUGCGAGGCAAUCGAGGAGACUGAGGCCGGAGAUGCCAUCGAACUACGAAAGUUGAUCAUACGAUCAUACAAGAGCCCAAGCAAAGCCGCAAGGACUCGCAGCGAUGGCGACCGGGAUAACCUAACAACACCGAUUACUGCAGUCGACGGCAGCGGCGACGUGAAGAUGCUAUCCCCUCUUAAGACCGCUCCAGACAAUGAAGAUCUCUCCGAAGAUGGCAGCGAUGAUAAGAGAAUCACUGCGGAACUCGGGGAAUCAACCAGUACGCACCAGAAAGAGCUGCCAGGGGAGUAUGAGGAGCGCAUCGUAUGGCACUUCCUCUACAAGAAGUGGCCUGACUUCGGUGUCCCAGCCCUCGAGGACAUUGACAGCAUUUUUACGCUGAUGCGCCUGUCGCGCGAGAAGAAUGCCAGCCCCGAGAACCCCCGCAUCGUACACUGCAGCGCGGGCGUGGGACGCAGCGGCACUUUCAUCGCGUUGGAGCACCUCAUGCGCGAGCUGGACGCCGGCGUGCUGGACCAUUGGGACUCACCCUUGCACUUCCGACAUAGAAAGGCGGACGAGGGUGACUCCGCCACCACGGAAGGUGACGACAACAAUGGCCACCAUCGAAACGACGACGACUCGGACGGCAAGAUGGACGUCGAGGACCAGCACACGACCACCACGGAGGAGGAGGGCGACGACCUCAUCUUCCACACGGUGAACCAGCUGCGCGAACAGCGGCGCAGCAUGGUGCAGGCCGAGCCGCAAUUCCUGUUCAUCUACGAGGUCAUGCGCAAGCUCUGGGAGGACAGAUACGGGCCGGCCGGGUCUCCCUCCUCCGCGGCGGCGGCGUCGUCCGCUGGGCGGCCGCCGCGGAUCAACGGCCCCGUUGACGCCGGUGGCGAGGAUAGCGACACCGGGCAGCCGGCGCGUAAGCGCCAGGAGGUUGACCCCUUUGUUGAGCAGCAGCGGGACCACCAGGCUUAG